GUUCCAUUAGAUAGGUUCCGAAGAAUUAAACUUAUCAAUACAAUCAUCAUGCAGAAUCAAGCUUCAUCACUUUACUUAGAUACCGUGAUUGGUUUUAAUGGCACAGUCAAUACCGGAUUACACCUUCAUCCAAAUCAAAAACAUAUUAUCUAUCCCCUUGGUUCAACAGUGGUCAUUAAGGAAUUUGAAAACCUUGGGGUAGAUGAGUUUCUUUCGGGUCAUAAUGGUCCUAUCAGCUGCUUGGCUAUCUCAAAGACUGGUAGAUUUAUUGCAACAGGACAAACAACCCAUAUGGGAUUUAAGGCCGAUAUUAUCAUUUGGGAUUUCGAGGAAAGAAGACUUCUUCAUAGAUUAAAUCUUCACCAUGCUAAGGUAGAAUGCCUCUCAUUUAGUGAAGAUGAACAACUUUUGGUCAGUGUUGGUGGUAGAGAUGACAAUAAUAUUACUGUUUGGUACGUUCAAACUGGUAAGCCUGUUUGUGGUACGACAACAACAGCCCUCGGAACUUGUGUUCAAUUUUUCCAUAACGAUAGAAGCACAUUCAUGGUUGCUGGAAAGCAAAUGUGCAAAGUUUAUACAAUUGAUUUUGUUAAUAAGAGAUUGGACUUUAUCGAUUGCAAUCUUGGACAAGUUAAAAGAAUAUUUUCAUGCUUACUCAUUGAUGAUGAAGACAGUUAUGCAUAUAUGGGAUCUACAACUGGUGAUAUUAUUUGUGUUCAAUUAAAAGGUCCUAAAAACUUUAAGUUUAUGGGUCCAAAAGAAAAGAUUGUUCAAGGUGUUGAGAGUUUGUGUUUCUCUCCAUCUGGAAAAUCAAUAUUUAUUGGUGGUGGCGAUGGUAGUGUCACUGUUGUUGCAAAAGAUACUCUCCUUAAAAUUAGCUCUACAAUUCUUAUGGGUGGUGUGACAUCAAUUUGUGCUAGAGAAAGUGACAACAUAUUAAUUUGUGGAACAAACCAAUCUGUCAUUUAUGCAAUGAAGGGAUCAGGUAAACUUGAAGCUACAUUAAUUGCUACUUGCCAUAGCCAUAGAAUUAACGAUGUUUGUUAUCCAAGAGAAGCUAGUGAAAUUAUUGCAACAUGCUCAAUUAAUGAUAUUAGAGUUUGGAAUGUUCUUAAAUCAAAGGAGCUUCUUAGAAUUCAAGUUCCAAACUUGGAAUGUAACUGCAUCACUUUCAGUCCAACUGGUAAUGCUAUCAUCAGUGGUUGGAGUGAUGGAAAAAUCAGAGCUUUUGGUCCUCAAAGUGGUAAAUUAUUAUAUGUCAUAAAUGACGCACACAAGAUUUUGGGUCAAAAGAAGGUAUCAGGAAGAUUGGUAGGUGUGACAGCUAUCACCAUGUCUAGUGACUCUGAGAGAAUUGUAAGUGGUGGUAGUGACGGUCAGGUUAGAGUUUGGCAAGUAGCAAAAUCCUCACAAACAUUAGUAGCUUCAAUGAACGAGCACAAGGCAACCGUAAACUCUAUCCAUAUUAGAAGAGACAAUUCUGAAUGCGUGACAUCAAGCGACGAUGGCACCUGUAUUGUUUGGAAUUUGGACAAGUUUGUGAGAGCAAACAUUAUUUAUGCUCCAACUUAUUUCAGACAAAUUUGUUAUCUUAAUGACGAAUCUCAAUUGUUGACUUGUGGAUCAGAUAAGCAAGUAACCUAUUGGGAUGCAUAUGAUUGUACAGCUAUCAGAGAAUUAAGAGAAGCCGAAGAAGAUGAAAUGAAUGCUCUAGAUAUUGAUUACGAUGGUCAAUACUUUGUGUCGGGUGGUAAACAAAAGGUUGUCAAUGUUUGGCACUAUGACAACGGUGAAAUUGUUCAACAAGGUUUAGGACAUGCAGGAAAUAUCACAAAAGCAAAGUUUAGUCCUUGUGGACGAUUUAUUUGUAGUGUCGGAGAAGAAGGAGGUGUAUUCAUUUGGCGACCACAUUUCCAUCCUUAAUAAAUAUUUUGUAAAAGACAACUUUCU